AUGCAUACAAAUACAAUCAAAGACGCAUUGAAUUCAUCAUAUUCAAUAAUUGACGUUGGUGAAUCAUCAAGACUGAUCAAAAGUGAGAUGCAUCAUUCUGAAAUUGUUCGUGAUGAUGAAGAAGAUAAUAUGGAUUAUUCAACAACUCAUUAUCGACAACAAUCCAUAGUGUGCCAAACAACAACAAAAGAUGAACGACCACAUCGACCAAGUUCAAAUAAUGAUCGAUGGAAGCGACGUCGAAGUUCUUCGAGUGAUGAUGGCGAUUGUCGACGACAUUAUUCAUUACAAUCGGUCGAACCAAUUGACGACGACGAUGAUAAAAGAUCAUUAAAGCAUAAAACAAGAGAACAUUAUCAAGAAUCAACAUCAGUAAUAACGAACGAAUAUGUUUCUACCACAAUUAUCGAAGAAGAAAAUGAUCAUAAACAAAAUCAUGGUCAAACAUUAUCAAAUGAUUUAUUAAAAAACAAUGAUCAAGACGAAGGAGAAUCGGGUGUACCUGUACAGCCUAUCUACCAUCGGAGCCGUUUUGAUGAUGAUGAAGAGGAAGACGAUCGAGAUCAUCACUAUAAACGAUCACUUAGUUAUUUGUCGUCGACAUCGACCAAUUCACUUUCAUUCAAUGAAGAAGAACAAAAAUUCACCUCAAUCGAUACUCAUCUGAAGUUAAAUGAACAUCAACAACUUAACUUUUUCCUUAAUUGUCCUACUAUUCGAGGAUGUCGUUAUGUAGAUGAAUAUCAAUUUCUAAGUCAUAUUGGAGAGGGAACUUAUGGUACUGUGUUUCGAGCACGAGAAAGAAAAACAGGUAAGAUCGUUGCUUUAAAACGAUUGAAGAUAAAAACAGAACAAUGUUUUCCAAUAACUUUUUUACGUGAAAUUUAUUGUAGUUCAAAAUCACAACAUGAAAAUAUUAUCAUUAUUCGAGAAGUACUCGUCGGCAAUCAUUUGAAUCAAUUUUAUAUGGUUAUGGAUUAUGUUGAACAUGAUUUGAAAAGUUUAAUGACAUAUACAAUGCAAAGACCAUUUUCAAUCGGUGAAGUCAAAACAUUAAUGCUUCAACUCUUAUCAGGUGUCAAUCAUCUUCACAACAAUUGGAUUAUUCAUCGAGAUUUAAAGACAGCAAAUCUAUUACUCAACAAUCAAGGUAUUCUUAAAAUCGGUGAUUUUGGUCUUGCACGUGAGUAUAGUACACCGCUAAAACCAUAUACACCAUUAGUUGUUACUCUUUGGUAUCGUGCACCUGAACUAUUACUUGGGAUUAAAGAAUAUUCGACAGCAAUCGAUAUUUGGAGUGUUGGUGCAAUAUUUGGUGAACUUUUAUUGAUGGCACCAUUGUUUCCUGGUCAGUCCGAAAUGGAUCAAUUGAAUGUAAUUUUUAAAGAUUUGGGCACACCGAAUACACAAAUUUGGCCUGAAUACAAUACACUUCCAUUGACUCGAAAGAUAAGUUUUACUAAUUAUCCAUAUAAUCGAUUGCAAGCACGAUUCGAUACAACAUUAUCUAAAGAAUGUUUUGAUUUAUUGAACAAAUUUCUAAUUUACGAUCCAUCCAAGCGAAUUUCUACUGAGGCAGCAUUGAAACAUCAAUUUUUCUAUGAAAGCCCUUGUCCCAUCGAUCGAUCAAUGUUUCCAACAUGGUCAUCGCGUAAUGAACGGAAGGAUAAGAUAAAUCAUGUGACUCAUUGA